AUGGAGCGAUACAAAACCCACUCCAGACUAUGUGCAAAAGCAGCGCCCUUCAUCCCACGAGCACCGCUUGCGGUAGAGGUGAAUUCGAUGCCGGUUGCGAUUUCGAGGGCCGUGCCCUUCGGCCAUUACUAUCAACCUAGUCAUUCCCACGUUGGAUAUCCAUCACAAGAACUAGAACAAGGCCACCCCAAUAAUGCACUCGAACAAGCUUACAUUCCUCCAGGCCCGACCAAUGACGACUUUGAGGCUGUACUGCCUCAAGGGGAUCGACCUAAUCCAGUCAACCGCCUACUUCAACUCCGCCAUAUCGUAGGUCAGGGGCAUGCACCUCCAGAGGCAUACGAACCUGGUCACUAUAUCAGCUCUAGCUUGAACCCAACAGCGCUGGAGACCAAUCCUCACUGUCCUCCUGAGCAGUACCUUCUCAGUCAAAUCAAUCGAGAGGCCGAACACAACGAUCCUAUGGGUGGUCCUAGAAGAGAUUGUUCCCACGCCUCAGGUUCAGACAGCGACAUCAGCUCUUCAGGUGGACCAAGCACCGUGACAGUCGUUCCAGCCAACCACAACUAUGCCAUCACGACUCUUGAAGACCUGGUUCGCGAGAGCGAGAGCGAGCGCGACAUCAUGAUCAACAACUUGAACGCGAACGACAUUAAUGCACAGUACAAUAGGCCUUCUAAACCCGGCGAUCUGAUCCCCACGGCGAUCUACUCUCCAGGUGGCACACUGCUUGGACUGGUGUACUACCCUACCUAUCGCGACUUUCGAUCCGAAUAUGAACGACAAGGACAACCGCAGCAAAAGAAUCAACAAGCGCGGGGUAAUAGAAAGUCGAGUCAUGUUCGUACUGGACCUCUUGUGAUGGCGACCUACACUGGCGCCUUCGGAUGGCGUGCCAAUCCGAGAAGAUCAUAUGCAGCCACGAAAUUUGGCGCAGUGGGUGAGUGGUUGCUUCCGCAAGCGGGGGAUCAAGAGGGUGCGUUAGAAACGGCUGCUGCAGACGAACACGACUUGAACGGGGUCGAGGAUCAGAAUGGCAAGAUUUGA